CAGUAAAUUAAAACGGGUACAGUAAACGCUCGCCGGAAAUUGCACAGCAAUUUCACAAGGUUCAAGACCUGACAUUUGCUCAUGUUAGAGGGAACAUUUGAUUAUGACUCAUACCGUGGGGCUUUAUUGUUUGGGCGGAGAAAUGUGUAUCUUGUCAGUAUAUCCAUAAUCUUUGCUGUUGCCAUUUGGCAGCUAUUGCCUUGUAGCUUUAGCUACCUGAGUAGCAAAUGUUAGCAAGUUGGCUAGCUAACUUGGUUGCUCAAAUGUGAGCCUGUAUUAUAAAUGGAGAUGGAUGAUGAACUUGAGAAAUUCAUCCAGCAACAGAAGGACAGAGUGGCAGAGGAUAAAGCCAGCUUGGAACAGGAUCCACCUUACCUUGAAAUAAGGACAAAAGACUACAAGGCCCAUGACCCCACAUUCACAAAUAUCCCAACAUUUAAGUCAGCCACAGAAAAAGGGAAGGAGGAGAAUUGUUGUCUAAGUUUACCUUUGGGUGAAGACUAUGAGAGGAAGAAACAGAAGUUACAGCAAGAGCUCCGUCUGGACUACAGACGCUACGUGGCUCAGAAAAAACAUCUCAAUGCUGCAGAACCAGACCCAUCCCUUCCCAUUGGUGAGAGGAGAGCUGCUAAGGAGCAGCUUGCUUCUCUCAGAGCUCCUCCAGAAAUACCUGUUGUCCACUGCAGCCCCCGACCCCCGGUGCACCCCAAGCAGGCCCCCUCCAUGAGAGACGCAGCCACGCUGACAGAAGGAAGGAGGGGACUGCACAGGGGAGGACGCUGCCUAGUGGAGGGCAAGAGGAUGGAGGGCCUGUGGCCUGAGGAUGAGCUGCUGCUUCCCAGAGAGAGGGCCAGGUUGGUGAGAGUGGACUUUGACUCUGAGGCAGACCUCACAGAGGAAGAGCAGGAUCUGAUGAUGAGAAGGAGACCAAGGCAGACGAGGCUAGAGAGAGAAGAGAGGACGUGGCAAAGAAGACACCACAAAACAGACUUAAGGGACAUGUCAAGGCUCAGGGACAGAGGUGCUGAACUGCCUGACUACACAGAGAGUAGUCAAUAUGCAGACAGGAAGGAGACUAACGGGUCUGUUGUUCCUGAUGAGGAUUAUUUGGAGGCAAGCCGGGGGACAUCCUCUCUAACCCCCAAACCCAAGCUGCAGGUACCAGCAGGGAUGAGACCCAGUGGAAGAUCCAGAUCCUCUACCAAGAAGGACGAGGUUGAAUUCGUUACCGGGCUUAUGAUUGGGGCUGCAGAUGCAGCUGCUGCCUUGCAGGGAAGGAAGGAGAAGUACAGGCAUGAGCUGCAGGAGCAGAUAGCUGAACAGCAAAGGAAUAAGAAGAGGGAGAAGGAUUUAGAGCUCAGAGUUGCUGUGACAGGGACAACUGACCUGGAGGAAAAGGCAGAUCGGAUCAAACAGUUUGGAGCAGUUAAUAGUGAUGACCAUGCCAGAAAGAGAAAAGACAGCUGGUACCCACCAGGCCAAGCUGUGGACCUACCAGGAGAUGAGUUGAAUGGGAGACCCAGUGAGGAAAACAGAGAGAGGCUUCCCCCUGAGCAGCCCUGCGUGGCCUUCCAGUCCCCCCUGCUGGACUACAGCCACACCGUGGGCCUCAACAGUGGAGGCACCUCCCCUUAUAGCCAGGCCAUUCACAGGAGCAUGGACACUCCCAGUUUCAGGAUGGCAGGUUUCCUUCCUCAUCUACCAUCCACAUUGGCAGAUGCAUAUAGAAGUCCCUAUGAUGAGGCCCAUCUCUACUAUGGUGCAAGGAACCCACUGGACCCUAACCUGGCCUACUAUGGUCAGAUCCCACUGACAGGAGGGGUGCAACCCAUGUCCUAUCUCAGCCUUCCUCCUGCUGGGCCUCACCCCAGCCAGAUGGGUCCAGAGCCCCCUCCACACAGACCUGCCAGUGAUGCUGCUACCAUGGGUUCAGGGAUUGGAGUAUUCCCUGCAGAGCAGGUCAAGCCAUCUAAAGAGAGUGUGUUACGUUACAAGGAGGCACUAAGACAACAGGGAGACCCCAGGAAAGGGAGGAGUCAGAUUUUUUGCCAGAUCCAGGAGAGACGAGAGCGGCGGAGGCUGGACAGGGAGGAGACAGAUCGCUACGAGGCCAAGCUGGAGGCAGACAUGAAGAACCACGACCCCUGGGGGAGAGGAGGAGGAGGAGCCCCUCUCAGAGACAGCGGGGGCAACCUCAUCACCGAUCUGCACCAGAUGCACAAGCAUAAUGAAGAGGCCUACAUCAACCCUGAGACAUGGCAGAAGAGUGCAAGAGCCACCAUGGCAGUGCCCCGAGAGGACACUAGACCUCCCUCCACCCACAGAGUCUCAGGUUUUGCUCAGGCCCCUUCAUUUGCCAGAGGCAGUAUUUUUGGGAACCUGCCCACACCACAGCAGCUCCAUGAACAGGAAAAGUACAAGGCUUACCUCAAACAACAGAUUGAGGAGAAGCGGAGGAAGGAGGCGGAGGAGCGAGAGUGCCAGAGGCUGCAGGAGGAGAAGGAGGAGAAGAGGCUGUUUGAGCAGAGGGAGCGCAUCCAGAGAGAGUAUGAAGAAGAACAGGACAGGAAGAAACGCAAGGAGAUGGAGCAAAAAGCCAAGAAUGAUGAGCUGAUCCGUCUGGCUGAGGAGCGAAAGAAAGAGGUGGAGAGGACGAAGAAAGAGGCAGAGGAGAAGGAGAACUCUGCCCUGAGGAAGCAGUAUGAGAAGGAGAAAUGGGCACGCCUACAGGAGGUACCAAGGGAGCCGUCUCCCCCCAUUCCCACCCUCCAAAAGAGGCAUCAUGCUCUCCAGUACAGCCCCAGACCUCCGUCCAUGGACAGCCAUCGCGUUACUACUGUCCCCCUGUCUGAGCGCUCUCUGUCAGGCCUCCAGUCCCCCCCAGUCCCAGCUCGCAGGAACCAGCUGAGAGCCGCCGAGGACCAGCGGGGUGUGAUCAGCGAGCUGUCCGAGCUGCGUAGACAGCUGCGUAGCGAGCAGAAACGACUGGAGGGCCAGCUACUGCAGUCAGAGUGGGAGGAGCUGGACUCUCCAAUGAGUGACAGGCACAGGGACAGGGAGCAGCCCCAGGUGGAGGUGUUUGACAUGGCCAGACUGCGGCUGCAGGCCCCCGUCAGGAGACCCUCCUCCAGGAACACAGAGCCCAACAACCUGCACAGGAUCCACGACUCGCUGCAGUUCAGAUACAGAGAUGUUGACUCCAGAGAGGUGGAAGGCCAUGGCUACUGUGAGCACCCUAGCGACAGGGGUGGACAGAGUGUGGACAUCCAGAGACAGGCAGACUACAGGGAGGAGCUACGCAGGAUCAACAACAGCCUGAGGAGGAAACCUGCCUCCGAUUUUCACUUGUCACCACCCCAGCAACAAAACCAUUAUUUGAGGAAUGCUGUGGGGGAUCCUAUGAGAGGUUCUCUGUUGGAGUCUGACAGUGCCUUCAUUGAUCCCAUGGGUGAAGCCUUCCCAGUGUCCCCCCCACCUGUACAGAAGCCCCAGCUCUCAGCCAGGGAGAGGAGGAGGCUGGCCAAGAGGGCAGACCUGCACAAUGAGCGGGGGAGCUCCAGAGAGCCUGUUGGCCAUCCAGAGAACUACUCCCGCCAGUCAGAGGCUAGUCUCAACACACACCACCAUGGUAGAGAGCGUAACCACCAUAGGACCAAGAGGCUGCUGGCUGUGAGCCGCCAUGGCCUCAGAAGAGCAGACCUGUCUGGUGAUGAAGAUAUGUCUCCGCAGGUUUCCCCUCGCACCCCACACACUCAGGGCUCCGUGGAUACGGUUGCCACGGAGCCGUGGAUGAGGCCAGGCACCUCAGAGACGCUGAAGCGCUUAAUGACUGGUCAGACCCCCUGCAGGGAGAGGCUGGCCAGCAUAGAGUCUACCGUGCAGGACUGGGAAGGCCCCUCUACCUACCAUGGCUAAUCUAACUAUCUCCGCUCUAACACGGUCACUCAAAGCACUUUGGUCCCGUACACACUCAGGUUGUACAACUGAUGCACAAAGCUUAACGUGUUAGACCCGAUUUUCUGUGAAGAAACUGUUGUGUAAAAUAUUGAUUUUGCGUUGUACAAACUGAGUGUGUAGGGGACCUACGUUUGUACACUGCCCUCACUUGGCUUGAUGCAUCCACAUCAGUGGUCAUGCUGACAGGAUCUCCUGCUUUAGCUUCUAAAUCAAUGUGUCUAACUUAACCCUUUACUUUUGCAGUGCUUGACUUGUGUAUCAUGGUCUACCUCAAAAUACCUCUUGCAAUGCAGAAUUAUGAAAAAUGCAUAGAUUGUACUUUCAUGGACCUGUAAUGAAAAAUAUGCAGAUUGUCUAAGAAUGGUUAGUAAGUACAAGGGAGAAAAACUCCAUUCUUAUAAGGACACUGUGUGCAGGCAUUUUCUCCAGUCAAGCACUAUUAAAGUUGAUUAGUUAAAUCAGGUGUGUAAGAGGUGGGCUGGAACAAAAGCCUGCAGCCUCAGCUGCCAUCCUCUAAAAGAACAGUGUGCUUGGGUUGCCUUAGGACUAUUAAUUCUGUAUCGCUGAUUGAGCUGACAUGCAUCGGUUACUGUAAAUGCAGUCUCCGAACGUUUAAAUUUCAGUCACGCUGAACUUCUGCAAAACGGAUGGAAUAGAGCUCUUAGUCUUUGAAACAGUUCAGGACAUCUUUCUAUAAUAAUAGCACUACAUUUGUAAUGUAAAUUGUUCAAAUGGCAUAUUUUUUUAUAUGUACCGUGUGUAAAGUGUUUGGCCAAGAUGUGACCUAAUUUAACUUAAUAGAAUAAACUAUAUUUUAAAUAAGGAA